AUCUCUAGUAAAUAUUUCCUAUAUCUAGUGAUGUGGUUCCAUAUAAAACAAAUACAAUGACGAUCACAAUAAAGCAGGAAAAUGUGGAAGAGCAUUUCACAAUAACAGAGGAAAUAGGAAGUGGACAAUUUGCCGUUGUGCGAAAAUGUGAACACGUUUCAACGGGGAAGCAGUUCGCAGCAAAAUGUAUCAAAAAAAAGAGAGCAAAGGCCAGUAGAAGAGGGGUUCUACGUGAAGACAUUGAGCGUGAGAUUGGUUUACUAUGCGGAAUUGAACAUCACGGGAUCAUAAAACUACACGACUGUUUUGAGAGUAGAGAAGAAAUAACCUUAAUUCUUGAACUAGUGGCUGGUGGUGAAUUGUUCGAUUACCUCGCUGAGAAAGAAUGCCUGACAGAAGAGGAAGCAGUUUGCGUCAUUCACCAAAUACUUGAAAGCGUUGGAUAUCUACAUGACCAGAAUAUCGCACAUUUUGACUUGAAGCCUGAAAACAUCAUGAUCUACGACAUCAAAGACGACAAUCCGAGAAUAAAACUGAUUGAUUUCGGACUAGCUCAGCUUGUUAGACCAGGACAAGAGUUGAAAAAUCUCCAUGGUACUCCAGAAUUCGUUGCACCAGAAGUUAUCGCCUUUGAACCUAUUGGGCUUCCAGCUGAUAUGUGGAGCAUCGGUGUCAUCGCUUAUAUUCUGUUAAGUGGUUGCUCGCCAUUUCUCGGAGACAACAAGACAGAAACAUUCGACAACAUCACAAAAGUUGAAUAUGAGUUUGACGAAGAAUAUUUCGGAGAAACGAGCGACUUGGCGAAAGAUUUCAUCCAACGCUUAUUAAUAAAAGACCCGAGAAAAAGAUCGACCAUAAAUCAAUGUAAAGAACACCCGUGGAUAAAGGGUGCGAAGAAUUUUAUUCCUGCUUGGGAAACACAAGAACCUGUCUACGAUCGCGUUAACGAUGAACCCACACCGCCACCUAGCGACAAGCAAUUUCUCGACGAGGUUGAUUCAGCGUUGACGCCAAAGUCACCAUCUCCCGUAAUGGAACCUGAGCCUGUUCCAAAUCGGGGUUCACCAUCGCCUAUAAGGGAUCCGACGCCCACCCCUCCGCCAGAACCGCAGCCCCCGAAACCAGCCCCCUCUCCAAUUAAAACUGUUCCAGAAAAAAGGAAAAGCAUACCCAUACCGAUCAUCCACGAGCAGAAAAAAGAAGAAAAGCCCAAAGGCGAUUUCGAUACCUGUCCAUCACGAACAAACAGGCCAAUCACGUAACAGGGGCGUGGUCACAAGACAAGUUAACAUCAGCAAAAAACCAAGCGAUGCGCAAGAUGGUCUUGAAUCUCUAUCUAAAUCUAAACAACUUCUGAGGGACUUACAAAAGGAGAGAAGUGCGUUGGAGAAAGACAUGAGAGUAUUUGGAGAGAGUUAUUUGGUUCUCUCGGAUGACGAUGUCUCUCAUAUUCGCAACAGGAUGGAACGAAGAGCAGCUGACAUCAUGGGCGCAUUAGAUUCGUACAAGAGUAGCAGAAUGGGAAUGGCUAGGACGUCAAACUCUUUGUUCGGAGAAAAAGGUUUGAUGCCAGGUCUAAUGAAGCGUUUGGAUCAAACGAGAAACCGGUUUAAGAAUUUGAUGGAAAUGGACUUUGGCGAUGAUUGACAGGGACAAUGUAUAUGGAGAAGAGAGAGAGAGAGAGAAAACUGAUAGGACAAGAUACUGGCACCGCUCAGAACAAUUUACUUGAGCAUAAUCUAGCCCCCGCAUUGUAUUAAUCGCGCAAAUUAUAUCAUGAACGAAAUUGCAGUGAUUUA